AUGGCACAAAAGAACACAAAAUUCAGCACAACGUCUUCGAAAAAAACAAAUACAGUUUCAAAAUCAACUACUACUAAGCCUUCACCCAAACCUGCUAACAUCCAAAUACAAUCUACAACGAAUAAUAUUUUAUUAGAACAAUCACAGUUUCAAGUUAGUGAGAAGUUUAUUAUAUUUUGGUUAGAACCGAAUUUAAACAACUUAAAUGAAAAACUAAUUUCUCAAAUUCGAUCUAUUGUGAAUACGAUCAAAUUCUUUACUGAUAUCGAUCAAUGCGUCAAGACUCUUAUUGAGAUUAAAGAUGUAAAAGUUUUUUUAAUUGUUUCAAAUUCUCUUGCUCAACAAAUCGUUCCUGUCGCUCAACAAUUCAUUCAAGUUGAUUCAAUCUAUAUAUUUAGUAAUCAUAAAUCGAUAAAUGAACAAUGGAGCGAAGCAUAUAUAAAGAUCAAAGGAAUUUUUAAUCAGAUUGAAGCACUUUGCAAUGUACUUAAAGAAAGAGUUCAUCAAUUAAAUAAUGAUUUUAUACCAAUUAGUAUUGUUCCCGAGUCAUCAAUAGAUAAUCUGAAUAGUGUCGAUCCAUUAUUUAUGUAUUUUCAGUUAUUUAAAGAAAAUAUUUUAACUAUUGAAUAUGAUAAUGAAAUGGAACGGCAACAACUAGUGGAUUAUUGUCGUCCACGUUAUCAAGAGACUGAAAAUGGCACAAAAAUAUUUGAUCAAUUUAAAGUAGAAUAUCGUCAAAAGUCGCCAAUUUGGUGGUACACUGUAGAGUGUUUUCUAUACAGGAUGCUCAACAACGCUUUAAGAACAGUUGACAUUGAACUUCUUAUUAAAAUGGGUUUUUUCAUUCAGGAUCUUCAUGGACAAAUCAAACAACUUCAUUCCGAAUUAGAUAGUAAUAAAAUUCCACCUAUCGUUUUUCGAGGGCAAGGCAUGCUCAAUGACGAAUUUGCAAAACUGAAGAAAGUUAAAGAAGGUGGUCUUUUGUCUUUUAACUAUUUUCUCUCAACGAGCACCAACAGAAUGGUCGCCAUAGAUUUCGCUGGUUCCAAUAAAAAUAAACCCCAUCUAACAUGCAUUUUGUUUCAAAUAGAAAUGAACUCUUCCAUUUCAUCGAUUCCCUUCGCUCCAAUAAGUCAUUUAAGUGCUAUUCAAUCAGAAUAUGAAAUCCUUUUCUCAAUGUCUACGGUAUUUCGAAUUGGUGAGAUAAAGAAAUUAGAAAGCUGGCUGUGGGAAGUGAAUUUAACCUUAACAGAUGACAAUGAUCCACUAUUAACUCGUCUUACGGAUCAUAUGCGUCUUUCACUAGGAGACGGAAAUGGAUGGCGUCGACUUGGUCAAUUAAUGAUCAAGAUGGGAGAAUUUAAAAAAGCUGAAGAAAUCUAUAAUACACUACUCAAAAGAAUAUCUUGUGAUGACAAGACAGAAUGUGCUUUCCUUCACAAUCAACUUGGAUAUGUUUGCAAACAACAAGGUGAUUUAGCUGAAGCACUUUCUAAUUACACACACUCUCUUGAAAUUAGCCAAAGUUCUAUGUCAUCUAAUGAUCCUCGACUCUCUAGUACAUACUCGAAUAUUGGGGGAAUUCUUAAAAAACAAGGUGAACUUGAUAGAGCAUUGAAAUAUUAUGAACAUGCUCUUAAGAUUGAUCUUGCAAUGCCAGAACCCAAUCCACUGGAAAUUGCUAUUGAUUACAAUAAUAUUGGUUCAGUAUUUGAUGAUCAAAAAAAGUAUCCUGAAGCACUCAAAAAUUAUAAAGAAGCACUAGAAAUCAAACGUGAUUAUCUUCCACCUCAUCAUCCAUCUCUUGCUACUACCUAUAGUAACAUUGGUUUAGUAUAUAGAAACAUGGAUGAUAGUUCUACUGCACUUUUAUAUUACCAACAGGCACUUGAAAUCCAAAAAAAAUCUCUUCUAUCCAAUCAUCCAUCAUUAAUUGUGACUCAUGGAAACAUGGCAGGAGCAUUGGAAAGUCUUAAGCGAUACAAUGAGGCUAUUGAACAUGCUCAAAGAGCUGUUGAUAUUGCUAAACAUGCAUUUGGUCCCAAUCAUGCUGAAUGGCAAAAAAGAGAGAAAUAUCUCGAAGAACUUCAAAGAAAAUGCUGA